GUAGAAUCCAAGUUCUUAUUUAAAAGCAUGCCAAUACAACAUCUACAUCUCCUAAAACCUCAUAUUUCAUCCCUCAUUCCUAAGAGACCCUAAGAGACCCUAAGAUACCCUAGAAAUCACCUCGUUCAUUGAUUUAUCGACGAUUUACGAGCAUAGACAAGUAUCGUAAACGCCUCGCUUACACAUCCUAGAUACAAAAUGCCAAACUCAUUACAAAUUGCCUUACAAAACAACACAACCUCUGACCAGGUGUUUGCCUAUGUCACGGGAAUUGCGCUACAGCAUGAUGGACAACGCUGUAUACUCAAAGCCGAUGGCAAAGGGUUAUAUUUCCCGCAGAGCCCGCCUGAGAUACUCUCCCCUCUCACUGAGGACUGCGCAAUCUCGCUCGGUCAGCCCGGGAAUACAGUGACGAUUGAAAUUCCACAGAUGGCAGGCGGGCGUAUAUGGGUGUCACGGGACAGCAAGCUCACAUUCCUGUUAAACCCAGGCCCAGCCCUUGUCGAGCCCAGCGUGCUCAAUCCGAGCGACCCCAAUGCGUCAGUAGAUUUCGGUUUCUGCGAGUUCACCCUCAAUGAUGCCCAGCUCUACGCAAACAUCAGCUAUGUAGACUUUGUCCCACGGCUCCCCAUAGCCCUGAACCUUAAGACGGAGAAUGGGCUAGAUCAGAAUGUGGCCGGCACGGCAGCCGACGCCUUAGACCAGAUGGCGGAAGCACUGCGCAAGCAAGCAGGGAAGGACAGCCGGCCUUGGGAUAAGCUCAUUGUCUUGAAGGAUGAAAAGCCCCUGCGCAUUCUCAACGCAACACACGGUAAUGCCGUCGGCGCCAGCUUCGAGGGCUACUUUGAACCCUAUGUGGAAGAGGUAUGGGCACGAUUAACGCAACACCCUAAGGUUAAGGUCAACACACAAGCGGCGCCAGGAAUUCUUCACGCCAAAGUAAAAAACGACAAGCUUCAUGUAGGCGACGAGGAAUUCGGCAAGCCCAGCACCGCUGAUAUCCUAGGCUGCAAUAGCGGGCCGUUCACUACCGGUCCAUCAGCCACGCGCAAUGCGAUCAUCCCUCGUCUGGCAGCUGCAUUUGUAAGGACCGCGUUCCUAGAGUCGGACAACCACCCAUCUCAUCCAGAGACCUUCUACCGUCGGGAUCCGACGAAUCACUAUGCACGGCUUGUUCACGAGCAUAACCUGGACAAAAAGGGAUACGCGUUUGCGUAUGACGAUGUGCAACCAGAUGAUGGAGACGACCAGUCAGGCAAGGUGAACGCGGGGGAUCCGGUGCUGUUCACUGUGACAGUUGGCGGCCCUCGCUAAGUGAUCUAUUUACAUAUGAUGAUAAACAUUUCUACGUAUCACACGUGCAACCCCGGUCCCUAGUUAAGCCUAUAACCUGUUCGUCAAGAUGAAAAUCCUCCAAUCACGGCGGCAGCCCAAAGUAGAACUAUGAACGUUCCAACCUCCAUUGAGAAUUAUAGCCGAUACGGGUUGAUUCAGGGCACAGGCCUUUACCAACUCACUUAAGUACAGAUUAACACAUAUCGUUACGUUGUAGUAGGGGUGUAUUAUAUCCUAUAGCUAUUGGUAUCUCCCAGUAGUCGACUAACCACAAUAUGAACCAAGAAUACCCAGGGUAAGAAGCAAGGCAAGCCGCCCUCCCAAGCCGUCAAUGCAGUUU